AAUGAAGAACUAUUUUUGUUCAAUAUUUAAAUGAUGUAAAUAAAUUUUGGAGGGAUAUUUGUAAACAUCAAUUCAUAUGAACCUUUUGUUUCCUUUUUCAUCGUCUAUUGAAAUACCUUCCAUUCUUGACGAUUAUUAUAUACUACUUAUAUGAAUAUAAAUAACUCAUAUUACCCUAUUAUAUUAUCAUUAAAAGUUAAUAUUUUUCAUAUAUGAUAUUUCAUUAUAUGAAUAUAUAUGAUAAUAUUGUGGAAUAAUUCAUUUUAUAUUAUAGAGAAGAAUAAAAAUACACACAACUAUAUUACUGAAUUGAUAUUAUUGAAUGUUAUCAUCAUAUCAAAUUCCUAUUAGUAAUAAUAACAAUCAGAAGAAGAAGAAUGAACAUCUCAGCCGAAUAACUUCAUUAAAUAAUUCAAUUGGGAAUUUAUCUUCUUCAAGAAAUACUUCAUCUUUCAUAACAAAUUCAAUGAAUACUAAUACAGUUUUAAAUAGUAAUAAUAAUAAUAAUAGUAAUAUAGGUGUUAAUACAUCAAGAAAUAAUGAUUAUACAAAUGGUAAUGAAUCAAUAGGAAAUUAUACACCUUCAUCAUCUAUAUUAGGAUCUAAUUCAAGAAUUUUUAGUAAUUGUGCUGAAUGUGGUCUAAGAAUUAUUAAUUUAAUUGAUACAUGUUAUGCAAUGGGAUAUUUAUAUCAUAAUUCAUGUUUUGUAUGCUGUUGUUGUAAGAGAACUUUACGCGGGAAAGUAUUUUACAAAGAUCAAGAUAAAAUCUAUUGUGAAGAAGAUUAUCUGUAUUGUGGGUUCCAACAAACAGUGGAGAAAUGUUUCGCAUGUGGACAUAUUAUUGCUGAGACUAUACUUCUAGCUGUUGGGAAAACAUAUCAUCCAGGAUGUUUUCGAUGUUGUAUUUGUACGAAAUGUUUAGAUGGAAUACCAUUUACUAUUGAUUCAAAUAAUUUAAUUUAUUGUUUACCGGAUUAUCAUUUAAUUAAUGGACCAUUAUGCGCUGUUUGUGGAUUAGUGAUUAUGCCAGAUGAGGGUUCAAAUGAAGUGAAACGGGUUGUGGCACUUGGUAAAGAGUUUCAUAUUGAUUGCUAUCGUUGUAUUGAUUGUAAACGUAAUUUAGGUGAUGAAACGGAUAAUCGUUGUUAUCCUUUCAAUGAAUCAGAUCUUAGAACACCUGGACGUAUUAUACAACGUUUAUUAUGUUUAAAUUGUCAUUUACAACGAAUUGGUGCUAUUCCAGCAACAUCAGCUGGUAGUGGUAACACUAUAAACACUAAUAAUCAUCAUACUAAUAAUAUUGCUAUUUCUGGUAAUCAUUUAAAAUCAAAUAGUGGAAUCAUCAGUCAGACUAAUACCACACCUAUGAACAUUAUCAAUAAUACACGUUAUACAACGAUGUCAAAUAGAAAUAAUAAAUUAAAUACCAUAAAUACGAAUCAAUAUUUUCAACAUCAACAACAACACCACCAACAUCAUCAUCAUCCUAAUCAUUCUCAUAAUCAAUUAAAUAAUAAUACAUCAUCAAGUGCAUUAUUAACGCAUAAUUAUACACCAACAACAUUAUAUACUACUCGUACAAUACAAUAUACAACGCCUAAUUCAACAAUCUCUUCAACGUCAGCUUUAAAUCAUCGAAAUAGUAAUACUACCACUACUACUACUACUACUAAUAGUAGUAAUAGUAGUGGUAGUAGUAGUAGUAACAAUUAUGCAAUCAAUUGGGAGAAAACACGAGCCAAUGGUAUAAAUAAUCAUCAUAAUCAUAAUGCUAGUCAUUCACAAUAUACAAAUAUCCAUUAGAAAUGAUCGAAAAUUUCUUUUUAAUACAAACAAUUAACUGUAUCUAUUUGUCCGUAUUGUAUCACCACCGCCUUGGCUGCCACCGCUGCAGCAGCAGCAGCCACCGCCGCCACUACUGUUACCUCUUCCUCUUCAUCUUUAUUCUUAUCGAUAAUAAUAAUAACAAUGACAUAAUCACAAUUUGUUGAUUUUCUAUUCUUCUUUUAUUAUUUUACAAAUAUGAUUGUAAUUUUUUGUUUAUCUCUAGUCGAAUACAUUGUUUUGAUUGUUUCUU